AUGAUUUUCAAUUCUUCUAAGUAUAUUUCCUCAUUUCCAGAAUCACUUUUACCAAACGACGCAUCACCCGAAUGGAACAACAAAGCAGACAAUGCAUGGCAACUAACAGCAGCAACGUUAGUGGGCCUGCAAAGUGUUCCUGGGCUUGUAAUACUUUAUGGCAGCAUGGUUAAGAAAAAAUGGGCCGUAAACUCAGCGUUUAUGGGCCUAUAUGCAUUUUCCGCCGUGUUAGUUUGUUGGGUUUUAUGGGCCCAUCAAAUGGCAUUUGGGAACAAGCUUUUGCCUUUUGUUGGAAAGCCCAAUUUUGCAUUGAAUGAGAAGUUCCUGCUUUCAGAGGCACCAACAAACUAUUAUUUACCAAUGGCUGACUUUGUUUUUUACCAAUUUGCUUUUGCUGCAAUUACUCUUGUGCUGCUUGCAGGGUCAUUGCUUGGGAGAAUGAAUUUCUAUGCAUGGAUGUUGUUUGUACCCAUGUGGCUUACAUUGUCUUACACUGUUGGUGCUUUUACUAUAUGGGGGAAUGGCUUUCUUGAGGGGAAAAUAAUUGAUUAUGCUGGGGGAUUUGUUAUUCAUCUUUCCUCUGGUGUUGCAGGUUUCACAGCUGCUUAUUGGGUUGGUCCAAGAAGUUCAAAUGAUAGGAAAAAGUUUCCACCAAAUAACAUAAUUCACAUGCUUGGAGGUGCAGGGUUCUUAUGGAUGGGUUGGACAGGUUUUAAUGGUGGAGCACCAUUUCAGGUUGGAGAGAUUACAUCCUUGGCAAUAUUCAACACUCAUCUGUGCACUGCCACAAGCAUACUUGUUUGGCUUUCUCUGGAUAUGUUUGUGUACAAGAAAGGCUCAUUGAUAGGUUCUGUCCAAGGAAUGAUCACUGGUCUAGUUUGCAUCACACCGGGUGCAGGAUUGGUGGAUCCAUGGGCUGCAAUAUUGAUGGGAGCUUUAUCUGGUUCAAUCCCAUGGUACACAAUGAUGGUAUUGCACAAAAGAUCAUCAUUUUUUCAAAGUGUAGAUGAUACAUUAGGAGUCUUUCACACUCAUGCGGUGGCUGGUAUUCUUGGUGGAAUCCUUUCUGGUAUCUUUGCCAAACCCAGUCUUUUGAAGAUGCUCUAUGGGCCUGAAACUUCUUAUGGGCCUGGCUUAUUCUACAGUUAUUGUGAUGGUAAUGUGAACCAAGGAAUCAAGCAAAUAUUGUACCAAUUACUAGGAGCAUUUUUUAUCACUCUUUGGAAUGUUGUUAUUACUAGUCUCGUUUGUAUUAUUGUAAGUCUCACUAUGGAUCUUCGAAUGCAAGAGGAAGAUCUUGAAGUUGGUGAUGAUGCUGCUCAUGGAGAAGAAGCUUAUGUUCUAUGGGGUGAUGGAGAAAAAAGGAUACUCCCUCUUCGUAUACAUAUAAAUUCUCCAACAAUUAUUUCUAUUUCUCACCAAAGACAUCCAAUUCCUAUCAAUAAAAUUGAUGAAUAA